AUGUCAGCACUUCGGAUCGCGGCGGUGUUGGCGGCCGUGGUCGCGGCGAGCGCGGGCGGCGGCGCGGCGCGGCCGCUGGUCGGGGGAGGCGGGGCGUGGGAGGACAGGGCGCCGCUGCAGACGUCGCGCCCGUUCAACAUCGCGCACCGGGGCUCCAACGGCGAGCUGCCCGAGGAGACGGCGGCGGCGUACGCUCGCGCCAUCGACGAGGGCGCCGACUUCAUCGAGGCGGACAUCGAGGCGACCAAGGACGGCCACCUCGUCUGCUUCCACGACACGACGCUCGACGACGUCACCGACGUCGCCGACCACCCGGAGUUCGCAGACCGCCGCCGCACGCUCGAGGUGCAGUGGGCCAAUGUCACCGGGUACUUCAUCACUGAUUUCACGCUGGCGGAGCUGAAGACGCUGAGGGCGAAGCAGAGAUGGGACUUCCGUGACAAGUCCCACAACGGCAUUUCGCCGAUCAUCACGUUCGACGAGUUCAUCGACAUCGCACUGAACGCCAAGAGAGUCGUCGGGAUCUACCCGGAGAUGAAGAACCCCGUGUUCAUGAACAAGCACGUGAAGUGGGCGGACGGGAAGAAGUACGAGGACAAGUUCAUGGCGACGCUGAAGAAGUACGGGUACGGCGGCAAGUACAUGUCACCGGCGUGGCUGGCCAAGCCGGUCUUCAUCCAGUCCUUCGCGCCAACGUCGCUCGUCCGUGCCGCGGACCUCACCGACUCGCCGCUCGUGUUCCUGGUCGACGACGUGACCGUCCGGACCGAGGACACCAACCAGUCGUACGACGAGAUCACCUCGGGCGAGUACCUGGACUACAUGAGACGCUACGUGGUGGGCAUCGGGCCGUGGAAGGACACGGUGGUGCCGCCGACCAAGGACAACCGGCUGGCGACGCCGACGGACCUCGUCGCCAUGGCGCACGCGCGGGGGCUGCAGGUGCACCCCUACACGUACCGCAACGAGAACAAGUUCCUGCACUUCAACUUCCGGCAGGACCCCUACGCCGAGUACGACUACUGGCUCAACGACGUUGGCGUCGACGGGCUCUUCACCGACUUCCCGGCCAGCCUCCGCCGGUUCCAGGAGUGGACCGCAAAGAAGAGGGACUGA